GACAACAGAACGGGACGUGAUCGCUGUUUGGCGACAAGGCCUCAUUCAGAGAUGGCGUCUCUUCUGCAGCCAGAGCGGGUGGUUUAUCUUGUUCGUGGUGAAAAGAAAAUUCGUGCUCCUCUUUCUCAAUUGUAUUUUUGCCGAUAUUGUAGUGAAUUACGUUCUCUGGAGUGCGUGUCACAUGAAGUGGAUUCGCACUAUUGUCCCAGCUGUUUAGAGAACAUGCCCUCAGCCGAGGCAAAGCUCAAAAAGAACAGGUGUGCCAACUGCUUUGACUGCCCAUGUUGCAUGCAUACCCUAUCCACACGUGCCACCAACAUCCCUGCCCCGCUUCCCGACGAUCCGACCAAGACUACCAUGAAGAAGGCCUAUUACUUGGCAUGUGGGUUCUGCCGCUGGACUUCACGAGACGUGGGCAUGGCUGACAAGUCUGUUGCCAGCGGAGGAUGGCAGGAACCAGAGAAUCCUCACACUCAGAGGAUCAAUAAGCUGAUUGAGUAUUAUCAGCAACUGGCCCAGAGGGAGAAGCUGGAGAGAGACAGGAAGAAACUAGCCAGGAGACGUCCUUUCAUGCCUCAGGCCUUCUCGCAACACACUAUUCAUGUGGUGGAGAAGUAUGGCCUGGGCACCCGGCUCCAGCGGCAGAGAACCGGUGCGCCUAUCAGCGCCCUCUAUGGCUUAUCUCUGAAGGAAGGAGAAGAGCAGAAGGAGGUCAGUAUUGACCCCGCACAGGCCAUGGAUGAGGUGGAGCCCCUACCUGAAGACUACUACACCCGACCGAUCAGCCUCCCUGAAGUGACGACACUUCGCCAGAGGCUGCUCCUGCCAGAUUUCCAACCUGCGGGAGCCUCUCAGCUGCAUCCCAAACACAAGCACUUGCUAAUGAAACGCUCAUUGCGUUGCAGGAAAUGUGAGCACAAUCUGAGCAAGCCGGAGUUCAACCCGACGUCAAUCAAGUUCAAAAUCCAGCUGGUUGCAGUGAGCUACAUCCCUGAAGUGAGAAUCAUGUCCAUUCCAAACCUCCGUCACAUGAAGGAGUCUCAGGUGCUACUAACCCUGACCAACCCAGUGGAGAGCAUCACCCACGUCAGCCUGUUCACCUGCGAGGAGGCAGACCACGAUGACGUCAACAGCACGGCCAAGGUUAUGGUGCCAGCGAAGGAACUGGUCCUAGCAGGGAAGGAUGCAGCUGCAGAAUAUGAUGAGCUGGCUGAGCCACAGGACUUCCAGGAUGACCCCGACGUUGUUGCCUUCAGGAAGUCCAAUAAAAUCGGCUUCUUCAUCAAAGUGGUCCCCCAGCGCGAGGAGGGUGACGUCACUGUUGCCAUUAAGAUGCGGCACGACUUCCGCAACCUGGCCGCCCCCAUCCGGCCCAGCGAUGAGGGUGGGGCCACGCCCAGCGAGGUCAUCUGGCUCACACACCAUGUGGAGAUCAGUCUUGGGCCACUGGUAGCCUGAACACACACACACACACACACACACACACACACACACACACACACACACACACACAUACACACACAAGUACGCGCGCGCAUACAUGCAGACAUAAGCCUCGGCUCACUGCUAGCCUGCAAAGUCAGACCAAAACAGGUCCACUCAGCACCUGUCCCAUAUUAGCCGAGCGUAGAAUUAAAAUGACCUCUAUUAAUCACAGUCUCUUGAUUUCUUAUAGAACCUAAUAAUUCCCUAAAGUGCUAAAUGCCAUCAGUCAUUCGCAACUGCUGGCAGAUCUCCACACACUACACUCAGACUCCCCACACAGUUAGGCUUCUCUGAUGUGUCCUACAUGUCCUCACCGUCCAUGUUCUCCUGUCCCAAGUCUUUUCCUGCAUGCUGCUCGCUUUUCCACACCUCCGGAAGGCUCCCUCAUGCUGAGGCUUCUCCACACUCUGUACAGUGCCACCCACUCGUAGACCCACAUGAAGUCAAAGUAGAUGCUCUCUGCCGCUGUGCUGAUCUCCUAUUCCAGUGAUGUUCUUGAUAGACGUACUGUAAGCUAUUUGUUGCUUUUACCUUGGAGCUGAAUACUAACCUGUUGUACAAAGCUAGUGGUGAAACAGUAAUUGUGUUAAAGUUGAGAUCAAUUAAAGAUCAAUGCAGAACUUCAGUGUGGUUCACUAAUAAAACCAGGAAUAAAGGAUCA